AAGCUAAAUACGCAAUGCCCAGCUAUCAAGCGUUUGUUACCACACUUCGCAUGGGUUUUACCGAUCAUACGCUGAACGACGCUUUUUUUUUUUAAUAUUUCACGUAUAGAAACAAAUUUUUUGUAUAACCACAAGCAAAACUACAAUCUAUGCAUUCGUUAAGCUUAUUUUUGUUGGUCGCUGCUGAUGUACUACUUGCGUGUUAAACAAAAGUGGAUGUCUGAAGUUGUUUUCGUGAAUCCUAGGUACGGGCUCAUAUUGCCAAAGAAAAAUGACAAACCUGUUGUUUCUGCGACGUCUGUCUUUGGAGAUGACAGCGACGAUGAGCACGACAAGGCGACCAUCGAAAAAACUAUGCGAAAAGAGUCGAUGCGGAACCUCAAGAAAAUUCAGACGCAGCUUACUCUUCGUAAAGCAAUGGAAGAAGACCCGUCUGUGUUUGAAUACGAUGAAGUGUACGACGACUUGAAGAAGAACAAGGAGGAAAAGAAGCAGGAAGUCACAAAAGACCGAAAGCCUCGCUACAUCGAGCAAUUGCUCAAGUCGGCCGAGCUGCGCAAGCGAGAAGUCGACCGCAGGACGCAGCGAAAGAUUCAGAAGGAGCGAGAGACCGAGGGCGAGGCCUUUGGCGACAAGGAGGCAUAUGUCACAUCAGCCUACAAGCGCAAGAUGCAGGAAAUGCAGGAGGAAGAAGAGCGAGAAAUGAGGCGCGAGCAGAUGGACCAAAUGAUGGACGUCACAAAACAGAAAGACCUGAGCGGCUUCUACCGCCAUCUGCUGAAGCAAGAAGUAGGGGAGGAGAGAAUACCACAAAACACGGACAAGCCUAUACACUUGCCAGAGAAAGAAGAGAAGCCCAGAACUUCCAAGAGCACCAAACAGCCUUCUUCGGCUGGCCGUUCUUCACAGGGAGACCACAGAGCACCUUCGUCAUCAUCUAGCAGACGUGAAAGAGACGAUGAAGACGACGAACAUAGCACACGUCAAGCAACCAGCAAAGAUUGCAGUGAGAACACAUCCAGAAAGGACAAAAGGGCUUACAGAACAAGAAGGAUCAGCAAUCCAUCUGAGGAGGAUAGUUCGCCACCACGCAACAAGCCCUCUACGAGCGAGAAAGACAUAGACAGAGAUAUAGAUGCCGACAGCGACUUUGAGGUGGACUCUGAAGAAUCUUCUGAUGAAGAUGAAAGCCAAGCUACUCCACAGAAAGACAAGGAGAAGACUUCAGUGCUGAGCAGUAAGCGUUUGAAGGAGGACUGGUUGGAAGCGAGUAAAGGCAACGUAAAAGAAGCUACCGAGGAACCUGUCACAAAAACAAUUGUCCAAGACUGGAUGGCCCUCUUCCGUAAAAGGACAGUUGGAGACAAGUUUGACGCAGCCGUGGCGCGGUACUUUGAGCGUAAAGCAGAGAUGGAUGCCUACAAGAGCGUGCACGGUAGCGUGCAGUAGCGUGCUGCCAGUUCUUAAUUCGCCUUGAGUCGCUCAAAGUGUUGCCAGACCCAUUCCUGUAGUGGCAUCAUCUCACUCGCAGCUUGUGGGAAUGAACAUUCUUCAUAUUUCUACAAGCUUCAGCAGAAUGAAAAGUGGCUCUCUACAAAGAACUCCCGCAACCGUGAUGACUGUACAGUUGCUCUUAAGCAACAAUUACACCUCUAAUGCUUUGAAGAGAUGGCACUCAUGUAGAUACCAUAUCCACAGAAUAAUAAUUAUGUGCCCAUGUGUUGAGUUACUGUAAUGUUAUCUGCCAUCCAAAGUGUUCUCAAGUGUGGUGGUGGACAGUACAUGCAUCACAUUGGAUGCAGUGAGUGAACAGAAUCAAAUAAAGAUGUACAGAUUCGCCGUGUAGUAAAUCACUCAGUGUUUAAAAAAA